AUGAACUCAAGCAUCUUCUUGAAAAGGCUGGGUCGCACCGCCCUACAGCCUGUAUUGUCGCGAAGCUUCACCAGCACCAUCCCCGCAUUGUCCAGCGCAAUCCCUCCGAGAGGGUGGACCCCAACACCAUUUGUGACUGAAACAGUGGGAGGCGGUUGGCACACAUACGAUAUCUUUUCUAGAUUGUUAAAGGAGCGCAUAAUCUGCCUCAAUGGCGAAGUAGACGAAACCAUGUCCGCGUCGAUAGUCGCCCAGCUCCUCUUCCUCGAAGCCGACAACCCUCAGAAACCUAUCCACCUAUACAUUAACUCCCCUGGUGGCUCAGUGACAGCUGGUCUCGCCAUCUACGAUACAAUGACCUACAUCGCAUCACCCGUCAGCACAAUCUGCGUUGGACAGGCAGCCUCCAUGGGAUCGCUACUGCUUUGCGGAGGCAACCCGGGGAAACGAUAUUGUCUCCCGCAUUCGUCUAUCAUGAUACACCAGCCCUCGGGCGGGUACUUCGGACAAGCGAGCGAUAUCGCCAUCCACGCCAAGGAGAUUCUCCGUGUUCGCAGCCAAUUGAACAAGAUCUACCAGCGGCACUUGACGGGGAAGAAAGUGCUGUCUCUCGAGGAGAUAGAGAAGUUAAUGGAACGUGAUUACUUCAUGGGGGCGCAGGAGGCUCUGGAGAUGGGUAUCGUCGACGAGAUUCUGGACCGCAGGGUAAAGCCGCAGAAUGAAGGAGGAGAAGGCGAAGGGAAGCCGCCGGUGCCUUGA